AAGCUCGUCGUGGUGAAAGAGAUUCAGGGCAGAGGGAAUCUCCACCACAGAGUGUGGUACAAUUUCCCAGGGGAGCCAAAUGGACAAGGAGCCUUCCACCAGAAAAGGCCCUGAAUUCUGUUCCUUACGCUAUGGACUAGCUCUCAUCAUGCACUUCUCAAACUUCACCAUGAUAACCCAGCGUGUGAGUCUGAGCAUCGCAAUCAUUGCCAUGGUGAAUGGCACUCAGCAGCCUGGUUUAUUCAAUGCCUCCACAGAAAGACCUCUUGCAUUCACCCUCAAUCACUCCAACAGAUCCAUCAAGGAAUUUAAUACAGGAGAAGCCUCUGUGUAUGAAUGGAGCCCAGAGACUCAGGGUAUCAUCUUUAGCUCCAUCAACUAUGGGAUAAUACUGACUUUGAUCCCAAGUGGCUAUUUAGCCGGGAUAUUUGGAGCAAAACAGAUGCUUGGUGCUGGUUUGCUGAUCUCCUCCCUUCUCACCCUCUUUACACCACUGGCUGCUGAUUUCGGAGUGAUUCUGGUUAUUGUGAUUCGGACAGUCCAGGGCAUGGCCCAGGGAAUGGCAUGGACAGGUCAGUUUACAAUUUGGGCAAAAUGGGCUCCCCCACUUGAACGAAGCAAACUCACCAGCAUUGCGGGCUCAGGUGCAGCGUUUGGGUCUUUCAUCAUCCUCUGUGUGGGGGGACUAAUCUCACAGGCCUUGGGCUGGCCUUUUAUCUUCUAUAUCUUUGGUAGUACUGGCUGUGUCUGCUGUCUCCUGUGGUUCACAGUGAUUUAUGAUGACCCUUUGCAUCACCCAUGCAUAACCGCCAGGGAAAAGGAACACAUCGUGUCCUCAUUGGCUCAACAGUCCAGUUCUCCUAGACGAUCUGUCCCCAUAAAGGCUAUGGUCAGAUGCCUACCACUUUGGGCCAUUUUCACGGGGUUUUUCAGUCAUUUCUGGUUAUGCACCAUAAUCAUAACUUACCUGCCAACAUACAUCAGUUCCGUGCUCCAUGUCAACAUCAGAGAUAGUGGGGUGCUGUCCUCCCUGCCUUUUAUUGCCGCCUCAAGUUGUACGAUUCUAGGAGGUCAGUUGGCAGAUUUCCUCCUGUCCAGGAAACUUCUCAGAUUAAUCACCGUCCGAAAACUCUUUUCGUCCCUAGGGCUCCUCCUUCCAUCACUAUGUGCUGUGGCUCUGCCUUUUGUGGCUUCCAGUUACAUAACAACCAUUAUUUUGCUGAUACUUAUUCCGGGGACCAGCAACCUGUGCGAUUCGGGAUUCAUCAUCAAUACCUUAGAUGUUGCCCCCAGAUAUGCAAGUUUCCUCAUGGGGAUCUCAAGGGGAUUUGGGCUCAUCGCGGGAAUCAUCUCCUCCACUGCCACCGGAUUCCUUAUCAGUCAGGAUUCUGUGUCUGGAUGGAGGAAUGUCUUUUUCCUGGCUGCUGCUGUCAACAUAUUUGGCCUGGUUUUUUACCUCACAUUUGGACAAGCAGAAAUCCAGGACUGGGCCAAAGAGAGGACUCUUACCCGCCUCUAAGAAUAUAGAGUUGUAAACUUAAAUGCAGUACUGACGAUUAAGUUUUUUAACAUUUUUUACUUAUCAUUUUUCUUUCUUCAUAUUCGUGGCCAUAGACUCAGCAAUUCUCAACUUUGGUGGUGUGUUAAAAUACCUGGGGAGUCUUUAAAAUACCCGGAUGAAUGGGCUUUCCUCCAGAGAUUCUGAAUGAGUUGGUCUGGAGUAGAGCCCAGAUAUCACUAAUUUUUAGACACACCUCGGGAUUUCUAACAUGAAGCCAGCAUUGACAACUGCUGGAUAAACUUGAAACAUCAAUACCUGUUGCCUUUGAAAUUUCCUUUUUGACAGGAACUAGAUAAAUAAAAAUCUGUGUGAAAAUAAUCACCAAUAAAUACCUUCACAGAGGUGAUUAUAGACACAGAGAAGAUCUACUGGAACCAUAGCUGUAUACUAUAGAGAACAGUGCAGAUAGAAUUUUAAGGCUGUAAUCCACAGAAUUAACAUUUUUAUUGUUUUUAUACGUGGUGAAACAGGGAUGUUUAUUUAUGUGAUUACAUUCUAUUAAAAUUCACGUUUAAAUUAAA